GCUGAUAUUGGAAGGAGGCAUCCAAUGAUCCAGGGACAUUGUGAGUCUAGGAUCCUAGUGUUGUCUGUUUUCCCUUGUGCACAAGUGCCGGUAAUUGAUUGGACUGGGAACAUUCUUACAAUGUCUCAGAAGUGUAUUGUCAAGAACAUUCCAACCACACUGUAACAGAGUUUAUGAAGAGGCGUAAACUGGCCAGGGGCGGACUGACAACUCAUGGGGCCUCCGGGCAAUUGGGGAUCAUGGGGCCCCUGUGUCCUUGCCCACACUCAAAACACACCCAAAAAAGCCUAUAAAAAGGUACUAGAGGCAUUUUAUGGGGCCCCCCUACUGACCCCGGGCCCUCGGGCAGUGCCCGAGUGCUCCAAUGGUCAGUCCGCCACUGAAACUGGCAAACAACAUUCACAG